AUGAUUGAAAUCCCACCCGAGAUUGUAGCUGGGUGGCCAGCUCCAAACUACGCAAACCCCGAGACGAAAGGGCCAGCUCUGCCAACGAUUGUUCUUCUUUUCUUCGCAUUAGCAGCCGUUGCUCUAAGCGUGGGUUUGUAUGACAAACUCAAAAUAUCUCGACGGUUCUUUGCUGAGGAUUACCUGAUCAUACUCGCAAUGGUUCCGACUACAGUAGUCACAAUUAUUGUCCUGCUGUCCAAAUGGAAAUACUUAAUCGACAGGCAUACAUGGAAUUUACCUCCACAGUAUUUCAGACCAGCAAACAUCAUGACUACUGUCGAUUUUGUUUUUUUCGCCCUGGCAUCAACAUUUGUCCGGCUAUCGUUUCUUGCCUUCUACCGCCGCCUUGUUACCCAUACAAAGGCUCAAUUUUACAAGUGUACCAUUUACUUUACAAUGUUUGUCACCUCUGGGUUGGCAGUAGCGUGCAUAUUUGCGCUAGUAUUUCGAUGCAGCCCAGUCAAAGCCGCGUAUGAUUUCAAUCCGCCAUCAUUUUACCCUGACUAUCCGUACCACUGCACAAACCGUGAAAUGAUCCUUUUUACUGGGAGUCUCAUCGCAACUAUCUUGGAUUUUUGGAUCAUGUUGAUUCCAAUCCCAUUGGCGUGGCAGUUGGAUCUACCUCUAAAGCAACGCCUUGGGGUCCUGGGAAUGUUUCUUCUUGGCCUUCUUAUCUGCACUUGCGGGGCCGUUAAAACCAGAUACCUCUAUAUCCUUUUUUCAACCUAUGAUGAGAUCUGGGUUUCAACCCCAAUUUGGAUUCUGUCGGCGCUGGAACUUCACGUUGGAAUCUUAUGCUUUUCUGCACCUUCCAUCCGCAUAGUAGUGCGAGAGCAUAUAAAACGUUUCCAUGACUAUAUAUCGUCUACUUUUUUCCCCUAUGUUCUAUAUACCUGCGGGUAA